AGAGGACAGAAGCAGCACCACACCACUCUCUAACUCUUAACGCUGCUCGUCACUCUCUCUCUAACCCCCUCGAAUCUCGCCGCCCCUCUCCGCUUCUUCCGCCCUUCGCCACCGAUCCUCUCCCGGUUCCACUCGUCCCCGCCGUCGCCGCCAGAUUCCGUCCCCGAUCGGACAAUCGUCACUCGAAGGUACAUCUCGUGAAGUACUUUGAAGGAGGCUGGACCUCAAUACCAUCUUAUGGAGCAUAACAUUGCUGAAGAGCUCUAUUCUGAGAGUUUGCGAUUCUCGCAACUAGAAUUAAGUUCUAGUUCCGCUGCCCUUAAUGACCACCAAUUUCCUGGCAUUGAUGAGACCGAUUUGGACAAAGAUGGAUUGGCAUGGGAUGAUUCGGAUGAGGUAUUCGGUGAAUCAUCUGAUUUGGACAGAGAGUGGCAAAGGAGGCAUGAUCAAUUUUACACAAUCGGAUAUCGUGAUGGAGUAAUAGCCGGAAAAGAGGCUUCUGCACAAGAGGGAUUCAAUCUUGGUUUUAAGCAAUCGGUGCCCAUCGGAUACAACUGGGGUCUUGUUAGAGGUGCCACCAGUGCAUUCGCUUGCCUUCCUGAUGAGUUGAAAGAUAGGCUAGUGGAAGAUCAAGGACACAGAGACAAGUUCCAAGACUUGUACAAGUCUGUUAAUUCUCUCUCUACACCAGAUGCUCUCAAAUUAUUUAGUGAUGAAAUCCUGUCCGACAAAACAACACAAGAAAGUAAAGCGGCAGAAGCUAGUGGCCUUACUGUGGGUUCACAGGUGAAAAGUUCGGAAUCUAGUCGUUUGGGAAGUUAUUUUGCAGAACUAAGAUCACUCCUUAUCGAGUGUCCUGCAAUUGAAGUUAGAUUAGAUAUGUCUCCCUAGCCUGUUGGGGAUAGCUUUCUCAGUGGUGUGUUAUUUUUGUACCUUUACGAGGAUUUAUUUUAUAGGUAACUAGGAAAAUUGUUUAUAUUACCAGCAAUUACACUGUAAAUUUAUGUUAGUUG